GUUAAGGCUUACAUUUCGUCGGUGUCAAUCCAAUUCGACAUUUAUUAUGACGGUUCUUCACAGAAACCGUUUUCAGCAGACCUCGACUCUCGUGGGUUCAUCCUCCCGACGACAGGUGGCAGUGGCGUGCUGCUCGGUGUUUAGAUCUGACGUCACUUCCUGCCUCGGACGGCUCCUGUUUUCCAAGGAAGUGCGAUGGCGGCCAGUGAAGACUACCCUCAUGAGAUCAACGAGCAGCUCACAGCCUUCGACUCGUCGGUGUCCUCCGUGAAAGCCAUGCUGGAGAAGAUGAUUUCACUACCUAAAAAUGACGUCGUGGAGAAGUUGGAUUCCUUGGAUCAAGCCAAGCUGGACCUGAUGUCGGCGUACACACUCAAUUCGCUGUUCUGGAUGUAUCUGGUGACCCAGGGCUUGAACCCCAGAGAACAUGGGAUCAAACAGGAGCUGGAGCGGAUCCGGACCUACAUGAACCGAGUGAAGGAAAUCUCAGACAAGAAGAAAGCGGCUCGGCUGGACAAGGGCGCGGCGGCUCGGUUUGUUCGGGGCGCGCUCUACGAUCCGGAUGAGAAAGAUGCUGGGAGGAAGUCGGCCUCCAAGACGCCUGCGGACGUUUCUCUGGCAAAACGGCCCAAACAGAAAUGAUGCCUCUUCUGAAUAGAAAGUGAAAGUGGGCCUCUGGACCUUUCACUCGGGUCCUCUGGAGGACGGCCACGGAUUCUGGAUGCGACGACUGUGAAGUUCAAAACCUGCUGCUUUUUAGACUGAACAUGAGCGGAAGUUGUUGCACUUCAUCUGACGUUUGUUUGUCCUGUGAGGAUUCUGUGACUCCCGAGACCCGGUCAGGUUUUUCCCUGCUUUUUUUGUGAUCAAGUAAAAACUUUGAUUUCCUCUGAUCCAGGCUGUCGCACGAGGAAAGGAGUUUUCCUUUGACCCAGUGAGAGUCAGAAUGAAGUCAGGGGAGCAGGUCUCUUCCUCUCAGGAAGGUUCUCUCCGCUUCUGCUCCGUGGAAGUUUGACUCCCACGUGUUUGUGAAGGUGACGUCAGUGCUUUGUUGUUUUUCACCUGUGAUGUUUGAUGAAACGAUGCUGAGAGUUACUUUAUAAUAAAAUC